GAAGUUGACUGGGAAAAAAGUAUUUUAUAAAGCCUAUACAUAUCAGCAAUACGUGAUUGGUUUGUGAACUGCUUGUUAAUGAAUUUUGUAAGCACUUCAUGUUCCAUUACACCUAUAUAAACUAUUUCUACCCAUUAAUGAGGUUUAGUUGAUCGAUUACUUUAAUCGCAUGUGCAGAGAAGUUUUUAUUUCGCGUUACAAACAAUUAUGAUAUUUCUAUGGUGCUUCUAAAGUGGGAGCAUACACCGGGCGAGGCGUGGGUAUAUCUCGUCAUUUUGACCAGUAUUUAUAUUCUAUAUAUUCUGAGGACUUACAUCAGAAGUGUCAUAUACAUUUCUCAAUUAAAUGGCCCGAAAACUAUGCCAAUUAUUGGAAAUGCAAACAGUAUUCUUAAAGAAAAUUUUCUUUAUAGAUUAGCAUAUGAAAGUCAAAUGUAUGGACGUAUUGUCAGAAUAUGGUUAACAAUAUUUCCAUAUGUAAUGUUUUUGGAACCAGAAGAUAUCCAAUUGAUCCUCAAUAAUGCAAAGCAUACGCAGAAAGUAUUUUUUUACAAAUUGCUAGAUAAUUUUCUUGGAAAAGGCUUGAUUACAAGGGAUAUUAAAAGUUGGCGAAUUCAUCGAAGAUUAUUACAACCCGCUUUUCAUCUUCAUGUUCUCGAAAAAUUUACAAACACUUUUGCAAAACAUGCAGAUCAUUUAAUGAACAAAAUUCUUGAAAAGAACAAUCAAGAAAUUAAUAUUACUACUUUCAUCAAUGAUUCCGUUUACAAUAUCUUGAGUGAAACAGUUUUGGGAAUAAACCGAAUAAAUCGGAUCAAUGAAAUGGAUGACUUACCUUUUCGAAAAGGACAAAUUAUGCUUUUAUAUCGAAUGAUAAGACCUUGGCUUUUAAUUGAAUGGAUUUAUCGGUUAACAAAAUAUGGCAGAGAAGAAGAGAAACAACGAAAAGAUCUCUUCGAUACUUGCUUUAAAUUGGUAAAAGAGAAGCGUGAUCUUUUACAAAAUAAAGAUCAUAUCUCUAAUAACGACAUAAAGAAAAAUAAAAAUAUAUCCUUAUUAGAAUAUAUGGUAGAAAUAAAUGAAAAGAAUCCUUGUUUUUCCGACGAAGACAUUGUUGAAGAAUGUUGCACAUUCAUGUUAGCAGGACAAGAUUCAGUCGGUACCGCGAUAGCGAUGACAAUUUUUCUUUUAGCUAAUCAUCCUAAAUGGCAAAAUAAAUGUAUAGAAGAAAUUGAUGAAAUUUUUAAUGGAGAUACAAGAUUUCCUACAAUAAGUGAUUUAAAAGAAAUGAAAUGCUUAGAAAUGUGCAUCAAAGAAUCACUUAGAUUAUAUCCAAGUGUACCAAUAAUAGGUAGAAUAUUAGGUGAAGAUAUAAAAAUUGGAAAACAUAUAAUACCAGCGGGUUGUAGUGUAUUAAUAUCACCUUAUAGUACACAUCAUUUGCCACAUCAUUUUCCAGAUCCUGAUGCAUUCAAACCCGAACGUUUCAGUCCAGAAAAUUCGGAGAAAAGACAUCCUUAUGCUUAUAUACCUUUCAGUGCUGGACCAAGAAAUUGUAUUGGUUACAAAUUUGCAAUGCUUGAAAUGAAAUCGAUAAUUAGUGCAAUUCUUAGAAGAUGCCGAUUACAAUCGAUUCCUGGAAAAAAGGAAAUACGGCCAAAGUUUAGGAUGACAAUUAGAGCACAAGGAGGAUUAUGGGUAAAAAUUAUUGAACGUGAUCAAAUAUUAAAAAGUAUUGCAGCAUAAACAUAAAAUAUUUUUUUUAUAAUAUUGAUUAUUAAAAGAUCUGUUAAAAAAGACUUCAAAUUUUAAAUAAUUUUAUAUUAAUAAUUAUUAUAUAUCAAAAUAAUAAUUAUAUAUCAAAAUUAUUUUUUAAUGGAUUAAAAUGAUAUUUUAUAAUAUAUCUUUUAUUUUUAUUUAGAAAUUAAAUCUCGCUUAAAAAUAUGAACAAAUAUUUAAUAAGUUUAAAAAAAAAAUUAAAAUGAAUUGGUAUUAUAUGUAUAUUUAACUAUAACUGGUAUAAAUAUGUAUAUUUUACGUAUUUUAUAUUUUAUGUGAUAUUUAAAAAUAAUACUUAUAUUAUUAUUAAUAAAGUCUAAUAUUACAAUCAAGUUUAUAAAAUAUUAAUAUAUUUUUGCAACAUGAGAAUCGAGUUUAAAGAUCAAAAUAAAUAUAAAAGUUGAUAUAUAAAAAUGUAAUAUAGAAUUAAUGCUUAUUUAUUAACUUAUAAUCAAUUGAAAUUUACGUUAAACAAAAAGCAUAUAAAAUGAAAUAGUUUUAUCUUUGUUACAUAGUUGUCUCUUUGUAUCUCCUCAUUUCAUUUAAUUUAAAUUUCAAUUACUUAUUACUUAAUAAAUAAGUAAUAUUUUUGCAAAACUUUUAUAUUUGUUGGCCUAAAUUUUAAUCUUUUAAAAGCAUUCUACAAAUCUAUAUCUAUAUACAAUAUCUAUAUUUAUUCUAUAUUUUGUCUUUGUACAAUAUAAUACUUCUGAAGUUAACGCUAUUUUAUUAUUUACGCAUUAAUGUUUCACAUAUUAUAUAUGACGUGGUAUUAAAACUAUCAAAUUACUACGAAAUUUUUAAUUUUAAAUACAUUCAUAUAAACAUUUAUCAAUAAUCAAUAUUUUAAUUAAAUUAAUUACUAAAAUAAAUUAAACAACAUUCUUUAUGAAAUAAUCAUAAAAUAUGGUUUAUGUGUUAAAUGAUGGAAGCGUUUUAUGUAAUACUCCAUUAUAUUUAAAAGUAUUCAGAUUUUUCACAGGCAUAAUCUUUAUGAUCAUUAUGUUUUUUAAAACAUUGAUUAAUCCUAAUAUGAAUAAAUAUGGAAGUGAAUAUACAAGAGAUUAUAGACCUGGAUCUGGACCACCACGUCCACCAACUCGUAGAUUGGGAAGACCUAAUACAGGAAAUAUUAUUGAUAUUCCAUUUGGAGGAUGUAGAAGUUGUACUAGAUAAAAAAAAUUAAGAUUUGAAAUAAAUCAAUUAUAAAUUAUUUCAAAGUUUUAAAUUACUAUAAUCUAACAUAUCGAAAAAUAAAAUUAUGAAAUUUUUCUAAGGAACUAUUAAACACAAAAUUUUUGAACAAUUUUAUUAAAGAUAUGGAUUAUUCUUAAAAAUGUUAUAAAUCAUUAUAAAUAUAUUAACAUAUACAUAUAUAUAUAUAGAUUAAAAAAAUGAAGUAAAUUUUCCAUUUCUAAUAAAUAUAUAUAUACAAAUGUAAGUUAAUAAGUUACAACAAUAUAUUAUAUUAUAUAUGAUAUAUUAUAUAUUAUAUAUACUUACUGUAAAUACAUAGUUGAAUAUAAUGAAAAAAAAACAUAAAAAUAAUAAUGUAUUUCUAAAAUGAGAAUUACAAAUAUAUAAUAAAUUUAUUAUUA